AUGCUGGGCGUGGGCGAAGUCGUGUGGGUGAAGUACCGCGGCAUGGGCGCCUGUGAGAUGACGGCGUGGGUGAGUCCGAGCGCCAUAUUCAUGUGGACCAACGCCAACACCGCCAAGUUCAGCCAGCAGACGCGAUGCCGCAAGCAGAAGCAGCAGCAGGGCGACGGUUUGAGUGCACAGCAGCCGGUGCACCUGUCACAGGAGAUACAUGACGAGGAGGGCUGUUGUGUGCACUGCCGCGUGCAUGACUACACGCGCAGCUUUGGCCCCAGCUGUGCGGAGGAGGUGCAGGGAGUAAAGGUGCACGCCUCAGUGCGCAACAGCGAUGUGGACUGGCAUUGCUCCCCCUCCUGCGCCAAGGUGGCGGCGGAGCUGAAGGGCGUGGAGGGCAAGAGAGGGGAGAUCCCUGAUGGCACUCCCUUCUCCAUGCAGCUCGCCCAAUACAACGAGAACCACAGAGGCUCCCGGCAAUCCAUAGCAGCAGCACUCAAGGUACGGCCUUCCCUGCCCUCUCUCCCCCUCCCUCCCUCCUCCUCUCCCAUACCCAACUGCUCCUUUCGUCUUCCAUCUGCCAUCCCCUGUUUCUCUCCUGCCCGUGUACCAUCACCGCUGUCAACCGCAACCAACUCCCUCCAGUCACACGGGUCAAUGUCGUGCCUGCGCUCCUGUUCCUGGGGGCGAGGCUGGGAGAGAGGCUUGGAGGGGAUGGGGUGGGGGAGGCUUUGGGAGAGGCCUAGGGAGGGGCUGGGGCUGGGGGAGAGGUUGGGGGAGAGUGCGAAUGGCACAGUCAGGGAGAUUGAGCGUCGGAAUCGCAGACACAGGGUAGGCGAGCAGUAG